GCACCUUUUGUUGUUGAUGCCCUCCUUCCGACAUUGCUCAGUGCUGCAAGACCAUACCGCACGGCCAACCCUCCCCAUUGAUUCAAAACCUAUACGUCGAUACAAUAACCAACCAUGGUGGAUCAAGGACCACCCGUCGAUGCUCAAUGUCCAUCAUACGCUGUUGCUCUGGGAUACAUGGGCGUAGCAUCAGCAGUUUGCUUGAGCAACUGGGGUAGCGCUGUAAGUAUGAAGACAUCGGUGAUUGCUUUCGUGCUUGGUUCUAUUCGUGCCUUUUUCGGGCAUGGCGCGGGAAAAGAUUUGCCGGUUGGAGGCCCCGGGAAUCUUGUUUUGAAAAAUUGUAUCCCGAACGAAGGGGAAGAGGACGUAUUUUUACGCUUUUUUCUGUAUAAAAUAUAUACCUCUAAUUUUAGAUUCCCGUAGGUCUCAGAACGGAUCAACAAGCGUUGAGGUCGCUUUUGGCCUGUAACACAUGAAUGAUCUCUUCUGGCCUUGUCCACGGCCGAUUGAAAAGCCGGGAAGGAGUCGCUAGAAGAUCACAUGUACACAACAAACACCAAUACAGAGUUUUGAUGAUACACUCACAUUGCGGUUGUUUGAAUCCUUUGCAAUGUGGCUUUCGUUCUGUUUUUAUUCAUUGCGGUGAAAUCCAGAUUGGAACAUGGAAGUCCGGGCAAUCCAUCAUUUAUACUGGCAUUCGGCAUCCAUCCUCUAUCAUGAAGAAUGUAAUUCCAAUUGUUAUGGCGGGAGGUAUGUCGAGGUUUAAUCGCGAUCAUUUUUUUGCGUCGCACUGGUGUUGACUCGAUCUUGUGCCUUGCACAAGGGAACGAAACUAACGCGUCAUUUUUUUCGAACUCGGAAAUCGUUUCUGGAUUACAAUAUUAUGGUGCGGCAUCGGCUGGUCUAACCUCUAUUCGCACACGACAAUUGAUUCGAUUGGCUGCUUUCUAUUCCGUGGAACGCCGCACCCAAUGCCACACGACGCAACAAUUCUGCUAUGCUGUGCUGUGCUGUGCUGUGAAAUGGUCCCCUCUGCUUGGUUGGUUGGUUGAUGGGUGGGAUCCUUGGUUUUUCUCGCUGCCGCUGCCGCCACCAGUCAUCGGGAUCUACGGCCUGAUCGUGGGCGUCAUCAUCGGCCAGUCCAUCACAACGCCCUCGACCGAGCGAGAGAAUUCCUACAGCACGUUUAGCGGCCUGGCCCACCUGGCCGCCGGCCUGUGCACCGGCUGCUCGGGCCUCGGCGCCGGCAUCUGCAUCGGCAUCGUCGGCGACUACGGGGUCCGCUCCGUCGGCUACCGGGCCUCGGCGGUGACCCUCUUCCCCGUCGGAGCCGAGAAGGAGGGGUACUCGAACAUCCCCGACAGCGAGGAGGCCGCCGAGGGAAUGACCGAGGACAUUAGCGGGUCCGAGGACCAGAACAAGCUCUUUGUCGGGAUGCUGAUCAUGCUCAUUUUUUCCGAGGCCCUCGCGCUGUAGUAAGUCGCCGAAGGCACGCACGCACCGUUCUGCGAAACCACCGAACGCAAGACGUGCUCGGAAAGGAACGCUUGCCGUACGAACCGACGAACCGACUCACCCACUCGUUUUCCUUUUCGUCCCGUGUUUUUCCGAUUCUUGCACAGCGGCAUGAUUGUUGCCUUGAUUGUCAGCCAGAACCAAUACGCUUGCAUCUAAUCACUCGUAGCUAGAUAGGACAGAUAACGAUUCGACUACGGUACUAUAGAAAUGAUUGUUUUCUUUUAAACUAAUGCGUGUGAUUCAAUGAAUAUUGUCUACAGCG